GUCCGUAUAAAAUAGAUGCGAUAAUCGCGUCCCACGAUUCGCUUUCGACCCGAGGCGACGUUCCGUUGUUUUAUUCGCGUCACGACCGGCUUUGAAACAGGGUUUUUUUUUACAGUCUUUGAAUUAAACAGUGCCGAAAUGGUGGACGCGCAAUUGGGGAAGAAGUACAAGUUGGCGUCGAGCGAGAAUUUCGACGAGUUCAUGAAGACUCUAGGCGUCGGGUUGGUCACCCGGAAAAUGGGCAACGCCGUCUCCCCAGUGGUGGAUCUGACCAAAGACGGCGAAGAGUACACCUUGUCGUCUUCGUCGACUUUCAAGAACGUCAUCCUCAAGUUCAAGCCGGGGGUGGAGUUCGACCAGGAAACGCCCGACGGGAGGAAAGUCAAAGCUACGAUCACGGUCGACGGGAACACCCUCCACGAGAUCCAGAAGGACCCGGGAUCCGGGAAGGAGACGGUCAUCGACAGGACUUUCACCGAUGAUGAAGUCAAAAUGGUGAUGAGCGUGGAGGGAAUCACUGCCACCAGGAUUUAUAAAAUUCAGGCCUAAUUUGUGUUCUUGCGAAGCGCAGCUCCGGACUGAUUAGUUUAGUAUUUUUGUUUCUCCUAUGGACGCAUUUACUUUGAUAAGUAAACGUUGUACUGAAGUA